CAAGUGCUCUUUACUUUCGCCAUUUCUCUGGUGAAACUUAGCCUGUUGGCCCUAUACUGGAACGUCUUUGGAGUUCACCGCAGAACGAAAUUAGUCAUCGCAACCGUCACGGCUGGCUGCGUCAUAUGGUGUAUCAUCUUCACCUUCUUGGCUGCUUUCAGAUGUCGCCCCGUUGGCUAUGGAUGGGUGCCAGUCCCUCCUUCCGGCACCUGCAUGUCAAGAUCAGAUGUCUAUCUUCCAUUAGAGCGCACCAACUUGUUUUUUGAUAUAGUUGUCUUGUGCAUUCCGGUCUUUACCAUUGGACAGCUAAACCUCACGAGAGGCAAGAAGAUCCCGGUUAUUGGGAUAUUCGUCGUCGGCGUUUCAGUCUGUGUUUAUAGUGUUGGACGUCUCGUUGGAAUUACGCGAGGCGAUGGCGCCCAACUAUUCUUCUGGUCAUGCAUGCAACUAGGGCUGGCGAUUGUCUGCAGCUGCCUCCCUUUGCUUGGAACAAUAAUACCGCGCAAGAAGAAAGCCACUUCACAUUCGAUGAGCGAAUAUAAUUCGUUUCGCGGUAGAGGAGGCAAUAGAUCGAUCAUGAAACUCACCGAAAAUGAUAGCAGAACUGAUGGCCCCUGGAUGCAGUCUUCAAACACGCAACGGCCAGAAAGAACACAAAAGUCAAGAGUUGAGGAAGGAACAGACUCAGACUACGCUCUGGAAUCACUUCCAUCAAAGAAUAAGGAGCACAAAGAGGUGACAGUUGUAUGGGGCGUGCAA